AGAAAGGGGUGUUGACACUACAGCCACUGUUUUUCCCUGGCUCCAGCGCAGUGUUCAAGAAGCUAAUGGCUGUGUCCCGCUUUGCACAGCGUUGUUUUAACAGUGAUUAUAGUUUAAAGAAUGUUUUCUUGUAAACUAUGAGGUCAGGAUAAGCACUUAAAGAGCUGUCUUCUCCCAUAAGAUAAGGAUGAAAAUAUUUUAUCAUUCUGCUGGGAACAUUCUUUUCCCCCUUGGGAUGGUGGCUUACUUGUGUAGAACUUCAUUUAAUGUAUAUUGCAUCCAAAAUUCCUUAUACAUCUCAAUCACAAUUUAUCCCAGUGUCUUCAAUGCUAGGAAUUUCUAAAAUACAGCACAGGAGAAUCUGGAAACGAUUUAUAGAUGCCAGUGAAAAAAGAAAGAAGACGUGGAAAUAGAGGGCAGGUGUUGUCAGAAGGAUACACCAAGGAAAGAUCAUUAGGGAAAACGAGAUUUUGUGCCAGAUAGAAUGGUGCUGUGUGCUUUUACUCUCUUGUUCAUAUCUGGCCAUUGUUAGGGUUUUAUUUUUCUCUCUGGCAUAGGUGUCUCCAACUCCACUCUGGUAGAACCAGAAAGUGUAAAUGAGAUAAGUAAAAAAGAUGCCAAGUGAUCCUAACGAUGUCAGUUAUGUACCCUGACAAAAUGAGAAUAGCAAAUAGAGAAAUAAUUUCCUAGUUGAACAUCAACACAUGAAAUUUGAGUGCUCCAGAAAGCUUGAUUCUCUGUUACUUGUGGCAUUCUCUGUUACUGGUGGAGCUCAUGAAAAUCCUCAGUUUGGUCACAUUUAGGCCUCUGCAAUUCCAGCCAGCUCCUCAAGAUGAACAGAUGAAAGAAUAUAGUGAAAAAUAGUAACAAAGAUAAACAAGCGGGUAACAAGGAUGAAGUAAUGGCUUCUGUUCAAGAAGAGAUUAAAGCAACCAGAGUAUUUCUGCUUGGAAAAUAUGUAGGAGAGAGGCAGUCUAGCAGUCUGACCAUAAAUAAUAUGAGGCUGGUAAACAAGAAACAAUUAAUUGUUGCACAAUAACUGAGAUUACAAAAAGUAUUAUCAGGCUCAUACUGGUAUCAGGCUCCACAGGAGAGGAAGCAGUGUUCCACGCAGUGUGUAAUCUGACCACGUAAUUAUCUCAGAUUCUGAGAAUAUUCAAGGUUUCCAAAAGUAGAGAAAGCAGUUCACGGAAGGAAGGCUCGUGGACCGGCCAAGCAUUGCCAGCUUACCCCUAAAGCUUGCUCUCACCGCUAGCAUUAAGAUCUUGCAUGGACCAAACUGAAGACAACAUUCUGUGUCGUGCAGGAGAGUACCAGCUCCCUGGGUGAACCCUGCAUUUAUCACCACCACUUUGUGGCCUUCAGAACAGCCACGUUUGAAUGGCCCAAGAAGCUGGCAAUUCAAACCCAGUGUUAGUUUCUUGCUGUUGGAACUCAGCACAGGAGGCACUGACAGUGCCAGUGGCACAUCUGCAGUGUGUAAAGAGCUUCGCUUUCUGCCUGUCAAGGAGCUUAAACCCUGGAGAAGUAUUCUCAGUUCUGACAGUAGUUAAAGCUCCUGGACAUACUGCAAGUCCACACUGAGUUUUUGCCAGACAUACUCGUGAAAUAAUUAAUGUUUCAUUUGAAAUACUUUUAUAAAGUGGACUUAAAUUCACUUCAACUUUAUAUUCACUCCCAAGUAAUCCAUCCUCAGCUCUCACACAGCUGUAUAAUUCAGUCUACUUUAUGCCUUGCCCAUAGCGUACAUGAAUUUUAACUGACAAUUUAUCUGAAUGUAAAUUUUUAUAGCAGAAUGAAAGCAACAAUGAUUGUUUUGUGAAAAAAAAAAAAAAGAACAGCUUUGCAAAUCUUGCUUUCUUGCUGGUUUUGAACUCUGAUUUUGUGUAUGGAAAAAAAAAAGCCCUGAACGUCUAGUUAUUCUGUAACCAGGCAUUUCAGGUCAAAGACACAGAAGGGUUCAAAAAAGAUAAGCAAAAUUAAAACAUCAAGGUCAGAGAAGCUCUUCUUGAGAGUAGUGAAGACAAAUCCAAUGAGGAAGCAGAACACAAAUCAACGUCCUAUCUACACUUUGCUUCCUUGCCAAAGACACUGAAAGAGUCUCCAAGAAGUAAAUGGAUAUCUCCCAUUAGAGUGCCAGUGUUGUCAAGGGAAGCAUGAAAUAAAACACUCACUGCUGAAGAGAUUGCUUCUGAGCGCCUCCCCAGAGGAUUACUGGGAACAAGAGCCUGCUGUAACCAUAGGAGAACUGGUUUUAUUUCCACGUUCAGUGUGCUGAGUCCUGAAGACACUUUGGCUAUGAGCCUGCAUCCUGCCUCUUUUUGUGGGGGACAAGAAUUGAAACAGGAGCUGCUUUCCUGGUACACUGAUACAUUUCACUGCCCCAUGCCACCCCACUCUGGCUGUUGGGUUUGGAAGUGGUGCAGCAGGGCAUCGGGGGUCUCCUGUGCAAGAGGAACCAUCGUGCACCUCUUUCCUUGCACAUUUUUCAAAGGCAGUGAGCGAGGGAGUUUGGUUAUGUAGCUUGUGGGACCACUUGCUGUCCCAUCACUGUGUGCCCAGCAUAAAGAAAGGCUCACAAGGAUGACAGCUAUGGAAACAUCUCUCCUAGUGUGGUGGCAUUUUUUAAACAGUCCACCUUGAAAUGAGAAAGAACAAGAGGAUGAUUUACAGCAUGGUGUGACAUCCUGCCCUGACCUGUCUCCCCCUGCGUCUGGGAGCUCUUGUUUCCCAGAGAACAUGGUUCUGAGUGAGAGCUCUGACCCGAGCCCUGCCAGGCUGACACUGAACAGCAGAACAUCUCCCUCUGGGGAGGAUGCAUGUCUGCGGGAUGAAGUUUCACAGGGGCAGCCAGAGGAAACUCUCAGUCGGAUGUGGAGUGGGAUUCAAAAGAUUAAUCACUCUGGAACAGGGCAGCAGUGCCAAAGAUGCUUUGUUUCAAGCUGGAAAACACCCAGGACAAGACAAGCGUAUAGAGAUUGUGCCUAUCUCCCACUAAGCUUCAGCUCAGCAGUGCUAACUGUGUGCAUGAAGCCCAUCCCUGAGCUUGGUGUGCCAUAUGCAGCUCUAUCCAUGGGUCGCACAGUGCAGUGAGGCUGUGUUGAAAAGGAAUCCUCCUUCCCAAAUGUGCCUGGCACAGAAAUGCUGCACAUCAGCCUUAUCAGGCUGCAAAGCCUCUUAGCAGCCUGUUGGCUUUGCUAACUCACUCACCAGUACCUGUAAAAGAAGCGUGGCACCAUCUCUUUGUCUACAAAACCAGACAGUCUCUAAGAUGCUCUGGGAGUCUCAGAAUGACCAUUCUUUAAAAAAAAAAAAAAAAGCCUAGUGUCUGGUUUAUCAGGACACAUUUCCUCUAUGCAACUAGGGCUGGGCCAGGCAGAACGAACAGUAUCACUCAUUUUAACCCCAGGGUAACUGACUGCAGCGUCAUUUACUCGGCGUGCUCUUUUAAUACUGAUUAUGCCAAUAGCCUGAGCAAAUAAACUGGAAGUUCCUGGUGGUUCAUUCUUUGGGGAAAGGUCAUUCACCCCGUGCUGUGCAUGGCCCCACUAAAGAGGUGUGUUUCUUCAGGGGCUGGGGCGAACCUCAUCUUUUGGACUCCCUUCACAGGUGACUCAGAAGCAGAAUGAAUCACAGCGCGUAGCACUCCGAGAGGACGGGACCUGGUCGCUGUAGGAAGGAGCUGACAGGUGCUCGAGGAGACGUCUUCACAUGGUGGGGCUUGAAGACAUGGCAUCUGCAGACUGAAGAAACACUGGUGAAGUCGUGAUCUAUCCCAGCUGCACAGACAAAUAUGAAGUUACUCUGGAUAGUCUCAUUUUUCCUGCUGCAAGACACUGAAGCUUUCCUGCUGCAGAAUGCUAAAAUCAAGCAGUGUUUACAAGCCAGCCCAACGGAUGGGAAUUUACUGCUGGCGGACUGUAAUUCAGCAUCAGAUUUCCAGGACUGGUUUUGGCAAGGAGAUUCUUUGAGGAAUCACGGCACGCAGAGCUGCCUCUCCGUGGUGGAAGCCAACAGAGUGCAGACAAGUCCCUGUGACAGCGUGGGCUUCAUGGGCUGGGACUGCUCCAAUUUGCUGCUCUCUCCUCUGGGCGGCAGCCAGGGCUACCUGGUGGCAAGCAGGAAAGGAGUCACGCUCGAUAACGUCAGAGGUCUCAAGGCUCAGUGGCAAAGUGCUGCAGAGAGGAGCGUGUGCAAGGAGAAAGCAGCACAAUACAGCUACUUCUCCGCAGCCCUUACCAGCACACAUGUGUAUGACCACACGGCAUACAGCGCUAUCCUUGAGCUGGGUAUAGAGCCAGAAAAGCUGGAGGAGCUGCUGUGGUUCUUCCGCAGAGAAGACCCAUCAGCGUGGAAUUACUCCAUCCUUGCGCUUUCCUUCGUGGAAACAAUUUUGGGUUUUGUCCUUCUGGCCAUUAACAUUUCACGAAACAGGAAAAGGAAGAUCCUCAUGUAUAAAGAAGCAGCGCAAGCUGCCCAGAAUUCUGAGCUGGAAAGCAAGCAAGCCCUGCUAACAGUGCCGGAAUACAGCCCCGAAAGCCUGCCAAAGCCAGAGCUGCUGCCGCAGGAGGAGAGAUCAGGAGAGGUGCUGGUUCAGUGGAAGGAUGGGACUGUCACUACUCUGUACAAGGAGACGGCCGAGGACGCCAUGUAACAGCCGAUGUCAAACUGCCCCGGGGCAGCUCAGCCCUACGGAACCUAUCAGAAUGUCUCAGUUCACAGCGACUGAAGAUCGAAAAGUUGAAAAAUGCAUUUUAGCCUGGAAAAAAAAAAAAAAACAAACACCAAAAGGAAA